AUGAAAGAACUAAAGGCUGAAGAAGAGCAAAAGUUCUGUUGGUUUUCUUGCAAGGUUUAUAUUGGACGUAAUAAAUAUUUGUCAAAGAUCAUAGGAGUGACUCCAGAUAAAGAACUCAAACUUGACCUACAUAAAAUUGGAAUUGAACUUGAUGGCACUGAUGAUUCUGGUCUUCUUCUGACCAACAAAACCAAAGAAGAAAUAUUCAGUAAGUUUCGCGAAUAUGAAGAAUUCGACUUUGUAAAGCCAGGCAACACACCAAUGAGAACGGUGGUGUUUGAGAAAGACCAGGUGCUGCCUUUACCUAUCUCUUCAAGUGCAAGGAAACUGUUUCCCGCCUUACGGCGCCUAAAAAUGCCUGUUAAACUGACUAAUGACCAGUUGAUACAGCUGACAGAAUAUUAUGUUGUUUCUGAAGAGGGAAAACGUGUGACAGAAAAUGCCUCUAAAAUUCUGGUUGGUGUUGUUGUACCCUUUAUUAUAUGUUUAUUACAUGACCUUGGCUUAGAGGAUGCAUUAUGGUGA